CACGCCCGUCGUCCACACACGCGUCUCUGUCCCAGUGGAUUUAUUAAACGCCAGCAGCUGCAUCAUCCUGCGGGCUCGUUGUGAAUAUAAAUGGCUCCUGCAGGUGAUCCCGUGCCUUUUUGUGACAGCGGUCCUCCGCAUUGCACUGCAUGCAGCGGCUGCCUGCACUCCGGCUCGGUUAUUUUUCGGGGCCUGUCGCUUUAAGAAGCCUUUCACUGCGCAGAGGCGCUACAGCAGCGCAUCACAUGAUUCUUCUCUUGUGACAAUCCAGACAGAAAGGAAAAGCCUUUCUGACUUCCAGCUGCUUCACAAGGGGCUGUGAUGACUUUUGUUUUGAUACCGAAGGACCAACUGGGAAGACGGGCAUGGAGUUAAGUUAACUAUUACCAGACUGGCUCACAUCAUUCCUGCGUUCAAAGUGGUGGGAAUCUGGUUCUGUUGCGCCGCCGGGGACAAAGUUGGCGCAUGGAGAGCGACGAAGUUUCAUUUUUGCGCAGCGUCUCGUCUUUGUUGCCGUCGCCACUGCGUCUGAACCAGCGUCCCGCAGCGUUUGGGACGACCCAAGCCAAGUAGCCGGAGUUCGGUUCGGACCGUUUCUGUCGCCAAACCAGCGAGUAAAGGGCAGCGAGGGCGCGUUACACCCGGAGAGAUGGUGGACAGCAAGCCGCUUCUCCAGGACAGACCUCCCGCCUACAACACGGUGCCCGGGACCUACGAGUACGGGCCGCAGCAGCCCGGCUACGGGGCCAUCCCGCCCGCCGCCCCGCCGCCGUACCAGUACCCCGGCGGCCCAGGUUACCCUCCGGCCCAGAUGGGUCCUGCGGUGGCCCAGCAGCCCUACACCGGCACCUACACCAUCAUCCAGCCGUCGGUGGUGGUGGUGGGAGGCUGCCCCGCCUGCAGGGUCGGCGUCCUGGAGGAUGACUUCACCUGCCUGGGCAUCCUGUGCGCCAUCUUCUUCUUCCCGCUGGGCAUCCUCUUCUGCUUCGCGCUGCGGCAGAGACGCUGUCCCAACUGCGGCGCUACGUUCGGCUAGUCGGACCAAAGCCACGCCCCCUCCCUCGGCUCUCCUCUCCUCCUCCUUUCCUUCAUAUUGCACAUUGCUGUUGCCAAUCAAGCUGUUGUCACAGUGUGGGGUCUGUUUUAAUUAGACGCUGGUGUAGAAACCUUUCUUCGGCUACUGGGGACCUACUGUGUCCCAGCAAACGUAGGCGUCCGGCUGCCAGUGCCUUCACCAAACGCAGUUCAGUCUCCGUAGAUUCAGCUCAAUUAGGAAGAUCUGAGCGGAUUCCUUCAUGAUUUAUCAAGUUAGAAUCAAACGUCAUAGUUUUCUUUAGCUUGUUUUUUUUGUAUCUUCUGGCACAUUGCACUCACUUGUUUGGUUAAUUAGUGCUGAGUGAAUUAGUAGAUGACUCAUGUAUUGGCUUUCCUGUGCGUUUUUCCUCUUGGCUGAGUGUCAGAAGGAGACGCGUACCCGCCUCUGGACAGUGGACUGAGGGAACCUGCGGCGUUUUGUCUGUUUUCGUUGAUUCUGUUUCUUGGGGCCAUAUUUGCACUGACUGUUUGUUGGAUGGUGGUUCUGCGGGGCUGUGCUUUUUUUCCAGGGCCAAUGCAGACCUCAGGUACACACAAUCUGAAACGCCCUCGGCUCUACAACCUCCAUCGCUGUGUUGACAUCGGACUCCUCCCUUUUUGCGCGGAGCAUCCCUUUAAGGAAGCAUGCUGAAGAAAUCUGUGUGUAAUCUCUGGAUUUUUAUCUUAGUACUCCACUGUGUGACAAGUCACCUGCCUCGCCCUCGCCCCCAGCCAGACAAUCAAUCAAUAAGGUCUUUGUCCCUGUGUCUGCGGUGCAUCCACAUCUGCGUCUUCCAUCACAGUGAGCUGUUACGACUGUCCACGGCAGAGGAGAAAAGACAUCGUGCUCUAGAAAAGACACUACACAUGCUUUUAUGAUUGAGGUUCCUACUUUUUAUAUGAGUUACGGUAAUUAAAAACGAAUGCCACUUAACCCUUACUCCUACUUUCGACACUUGGUGUAAAUCACUUGUGCAUGACGAAAAACUAAAACAGUAAAUUGAAGAAAUAAAUCUUUAUUUUUCCAUAUGACAA